AUGUUUUGGUAUCUUCUUCCGGUCAUUAAGGUUUCUAUAAAAGUGCGUGUGGAUAUCAGAUGUAUUGGGUAUCGCUGUAGGAGUCAUUGCACUAUCAAACCAAUAGUUCGUUUUGUCAAUGAAGCAUUGUGUUUUCAUUCAAAGCACAGCUGCCAAAUCCAAAUCGAGAUUCUUGGCAACUGUCGGGAUGUUUCCGAGUCUUUUGGAAAAAUGGAUGCUGUAUUCUCUGCCAGGUUUCAGGGGCUAUGGCUUUUGUUGUGGGGUUUGAGAUCUCAUCCGAAAUUUAAGGUGAUUCUUAUUCAUUUUCAUUUUUUGGACAAAUUAUAG